UUUGUUUUAAAGGGCACAAAUGACUCCUGUGCAAUCAAAUUGGCGAAAGCAACGGACGGAGAUUUUCAUUCCCGAGAAAUAUCCCCAAGUAACCCCUCUAGCGAUUAUGUUGCAGAGAACCAGACGACGUUGCGAGGGCACUGCCAUGGGCGCUAUCGUUCUUGAUCUUAGACCUGGCCUUGGAAUCGGUCCCUUCUCACUUGGGAUGCCCAUAUGUGAAGCAUUUGCUCAGAUAGAGCAGCAGCCAAACAUAUAUGAUGUUGUCCAUGUGAAGUAUUUUGAUGAGGAACCUUUAAAGUUGGAUAUUGUUAUAAGCUUUCCAGAUCAUGGUUUUCAUCUUCGGUUUGAUCCGUGGUCCCAGAGACUGCGCCUGAUUGAGAUCUAUGAUGUGAAGAGGCUUCAAAUGCGCUAUUCCACUUCUCUCAUUGGAGGGCCAUCAACUCUAGCUACUUUUGUUGCUGUCUAUGCACUUUUUGGGCCAACAUAUCCUGGAAUUUUUGACAAGGAUCGAGGCAUUUACACUCUAUUUUACCCGGGUCUUUCCUUUGCAUUUCCUAUUCCAACUCAGUAUACUGACUGCUGCCAUGAUGGAGGAGUGGAAUUGCCAUUGGAGUUUCCAGAUGGCACUACACCAGUUACAUGCCGUGUUUCUAUAUAUGAUAGUUCCUCUGGUAAAAAGGUUGGUGUAGGAUCCUUAAUGGAUAAGGCUUCUGCUCCACCGUUACCUGCUGGCAGCAUUUAUAUGGAAGAGGUUCAUGUUAAGCUGGGGGAAGAGUUGUACUUUACAGUUGGUGGUCAACAAAUUCCUUUUGGUGCAUCUCCGCAGGAUGUUUGGACUGAACUUGGUCGCCCCUGUGGAAUUCAUCAGAAGCAGGUGGAUCAAAUGGUUAUUCAUUCUGCCUCUGAUCUCCGGCCUCGAACAACUCUCUGUGGGGAUUACUUCUAUAAUUAUUUUACUCGUGGGCUUGACAUUUUAUUUGAUGGACAGAGUCACAAAAUAAAAAAGUUUGUGUUGCAUACCAACUACCCUGGUCAUGCUGAUUUUAAUUCAUACAUGAAGUGCAAUUUUGUUAUCUGUGGCUCAGAGUCAGUUGGGGGAUCUUUUCUGGAUGGAAAUGGCAGCAAACAAAAGGUCAUAACACAUUCCACAAAAUGGGAACAAGUUAAGGAAAUUCUUGGUGAUUGUGGGCGAGCUGCCAUUCAAACACAAGGUUCUACUAGCAAUCCAUUUGGAUCUACUUUUGUGUAUGGGUAUCAAAAUAUUGCAUUGGAGGUGAUGAAAAAUGGUUAUAUUGCAACUAUAACUCUCUUCCAGUCAUAAUCAAAUCGGCUACUGUCAUGUAUAGAUCAAGGUAGCUUGCUGCGAGCCAGUACAAGACCCAUGUCUUCAUAUCUCCCAGCUUCAGUCGAAUUAUUGCUCGGCUGCAUGUAUCGAUUUAACGGGUUAUCACUCGGAGGAUUGAGCCCGUGGGCAUCCUUAAGUGUUGCUAAUUAUUCUUUGUUCCUUCGAUCGCUCGUCAUUCGAGCAACUGUCUAGCAGGGUUGUGAUUUCGCAGGGAGCAGCAGUGUUAAAGUGUGUACAGUCACGUGUAAAAAAACGAUUCACUCGUCAACAUCAUGGUAACUGGUAAGGACAAAAAUUGUACAGUUACAUUACAAAUUGUACGUGUUAUAUAAACUGUUUAUAUAGGUGUAAUUUUCUUAA